UAAGUGUCAAAACGUGUUCUGAUAACAACAAUAGAGCACGCAAGAAAAAAAAAACACGCAAAACGUCAACUAAAACCAUAUGUAAAAAUAGCCGCGUAAUACGAUCGUACAAUACGCACCACGAUCGUCCUAAUUGUUCCCCAUCGCCCUUCCCCCAAUCCUUGUUAUUAUCUGUCGCCUAAUGGAAUAUUCAAAAUCGUGCAUGUGUUUGUGUAUGUGUAAGUGUGCAAGAAACAGUUUAAUGUGCUGAUGGCGUAUGAUAGAAUGUCCAACGCUGAAACCCCGAUUCCGAUACCAUACUCUUCUGAUUGUGUGAGUAAAGCAUCGAAACAAGUGUUAAACAACAGUGCACAUUACUAAAGUUACAGCAACGAUGUCAACCGAACCGGAGACUAAGCGACCCAAGCUGAUCGUAGAAAGUGUUAAACCACCGUCCAAAAUACGAUCGAUUCUGGGUGACGAAUUUACGCAACCAACACCAGUGAUCGAGGUGUACAUUGGGCGUGUGGCCGAAAGUCGACAGCUCUCCCAGCUGGUACCGGCCCUGGCACGCAUUCUUCCCAUCGGUACGCUGCAGCAUCUGAAGCGAGUGAAUCGCGAUGGAACGAUCAUCUUGGCGCCCGUUGUUCAGUUGCUGGAGAAGCUACCGGUAGAGUCUGCGGAGUGUGAAGAGAAGCAAGCAAAUUCUAUCGAAUCACGCCUCUCAAGGUUCCUGCUCUCCGAAGGCAUUGAUCGUACCAUUGUCGAUGGACUCGGCGAGCAGCAGUUGAAGGUCAUGCCGGUGCCCGCCACCCAGCCACUGCUCCGGUGGCAGUAUGAGGCAGCAAAUAAGCUCUGGCCGUGCAAAUUCCAUCCCAACCGGCACCACGAAGCACUGUACGCGGACACGCUGUUCGGGGCACAGGAAGCCGCAGCCCACCGCAGGUUCAUGGAGAUCUGUCUGCAGCUGUCGGCGCACUACGGAAGCCGACCGUUCGGGGUGUGUGUUCAUCCUCGGCCUGCUGGUAGUCGGAUAGUGGCCAUUGGUGGAGGAAGCAGCGACCGUCAUCCGAUCUGGCACUGCCCAAUGGUGCUGAUCGAUAUGGUUGCCGUAUCGCAGAACGGGGGCAUAUGGCACCGAAAGCAGGACGACGAACAAAGCGAUGCCAUGCCGGCGGAGGACGGGUUCCAACUCGGUGGAAUCGACCCACAGUAUAGGCGCUUCGUUCGCGAGCGCUACGGUGACACGGUUUGCCUUGGUGCGGAACCGACGCGAACCGGAACGGCAGCAGAGAUAGAAGCGGCAGGCGCUGCGGACGAUAAUCUUGCCAAAUACGGCCCCUAUCUCUGCACCGGGUAUGACGUGUACCUGACGCACGAACCCUGCAUAAUGUGCGCGAUGGCCCUGGUGCAUAGCCGGGUGCGGCGCGUAUUCUUUCACCGGCCGACACCGGGACGCGGUGCACUGGGGACGCUGGUGAAGCUGCACACGGUGAAGGAGCUGAACCAUCACUACGAGGUGUUCCGGAUUGUUUAAUGGGUCUGAUACCACGGGACCAGAAAUUGGCAGAAAAAUACACAAAGAGGAAAUAAAGGACGAAAGAAAAAACAAAACAUAACCCCAAAAAAGUUGUUUGUUGCUCUGUUCGAAACGUGCUUAACCUUGUGAUCUCUCUCGCCUCCGCACGAUCGUCCAGAUGAUCUCUUCGUCGAUCGGAUGGAAUGAUCUUUGCAGUUUCUGAACCUGUUUGCGCGGGGAUUUUUCAGAGCUUGUGAGCGUAAUGACAGUCGCGUAAAAUAUCCAUCGAAACGAUCGGUGGUAGUUAGUGGCGUUGAACACACGCACGCAUGCGAUCUCUGGCCGAGAAUGGGCCACGCAUGCGAUCUCCACUAUCGAAAGGCGUCCAUAUACGAAGUCCCCACCCACGAACAAAACAACACGCAACCAAAAAGCAAAAAAAAAAAAAGAACCGGGCUUCGAUCGCGGCUCUGUCAUCAUCACGCGUCCUUUUCUGAUUGAGGUCAAUUGGAAAGGGGCAGGUCCGUAUCCCUCGCGACGGUGGCUGGUGGUCCUCCCUUCGUUCAUCAGCGUUUAUUUUAUUGAGACUCCUCAACAUUUGAGCUACUGAGCACUUCUGAGGCGAGCAGAAGCUGCUGACGGAGCAGAUCAUACGCCGACAGAAGACGAUGCACGAAGUGCACAGUACAGCGCGCUACUUGCGCAAGAGGUGAUAAUUGCCAACAAAAAAAGCUUCAUUUGUUUACCUCGUUUUUUCGAAAUCCAAUUAAUCUGCGUACAAAACACGCUGAAAUGCGCGUUUUUACAUGACGUUUUGUUUGCCGAUGCUUCUUGCUGAGGAUUUCGAAAUGAUGAUCCGCACUGUACCAUGUUGAUCGUCCUCCAUCAUAGCAACCACCAAUUGGGGCGGCACGUUGUACGAACGGCGGGCAGCAAGAGUGUAUUGAAAUUUAUUUGACAACGCACAAAUGUGACUGUCAGCGCUUCCGUGGAGGAUGGAGACAGUGGAUUGACGAAAGAGAAACAUCCCCAAGACCCAUGGGGGAGCACCUAGAACAAAGUCUGUGACAUAGUAGGGGCUGAUCGAUAAGAUCUCUGCCGGCCGUACUGAACUUGACCGUUCUGGAAUUUUUGUAGGGUUUAGUGCUUUUCGUUUGAAGUUGUGAGAUAAAAUCUCAAGUCAGAAGGGGCAUCAUGGCACUGGCACACGCAUUAAUAACAUUACGAUGUCAAUCGAUUUAUGGCGCCGGGUACGGGUGGUAUGCCAUCAUUUUUCAUCUGUACACUGAUGGGUUUAUUUUGUUUGUUUGGGAAAUGGUGGAAUGAAUGCGAUUUGAAAUGGGGCCCUAAAGAUAUUUGAUAAAGACAUUUGGAGUCGUUUGAUGGAGGUUCUGUAAUAUACGGGAGUUGUUAGGAGUUUCGAAUUUAAGUAAGUAAGUUCCAUUGAAAAUAAUCGAAACAUGAACUCGGGGAAGUUAUCCGCAUUUUGUAAUAGGUUCAGUAUGAUUUUACUUAACUAACUAUAUGACUCCAAUACAUGAUGUCACAUUUAUAUUUUGCAAAUAUUUCAAAUAAAUUAUUCAACAUAAUGUUUUUAAAUAAUCUUUCAAUUGAG